AGAAAGAGAGGCACACUUGACAGGAGUCUGGGUCCUGAAAUUGGCGUCCGGGUUUAUCCUAGACAAUGCACUUCUGUUUGACAGAAUAAACGGAUGACAGUCCAAGUACGCGUGGAAGCUGCCGUGAUCGACAAAACCGACAAGGAGAGGGGAGGAAAGAGAGGAGGAGGAGGAGGAGGAGGAAGAGGAGGAGGAGGAGGAGAAAGAAAAGGAAAAGGAAAAGGAGGAGGAGGUCUAGUAGUAGUAGUAGUAGUAGUAGGAGGAGGAGGAGGAGGAGGAGGAGGAGGAGGAAAAGGAAAAAGAGUUCGCACAGGAGGAGGAGGAGGAGCAGAAGGAAGAGGAGUAGGUCUAGGAGGAGGAGAAGGAAAAGGAGGAGUAGGUCUAGAAGGAGGAAAAGGAGGAGGAGGAGGAGCAGAACAAAAAGGAGUUGGACUAGGAGGAGGAGGAGGAGGAGGAGAAGGAAAAGGAGAAGGAAUGGUGGCAAUGCAACUAAAUGUUGGAUGGGAUGAAACAGACUACUACAGGUCCCUGAGCAAGAGUGGUGUCAGGCAUCAGCGUUUGCGGCUAAGGCGUAGUGGCAGAAAACAAUUCCUUAAUGACCUUUGUCCGCGGAGAAGGCAAGGAAAAGAGAGAGCACGAUCCCUCACUUACGACGCUCGAAGUCCAGAUGAAGGGGAUGUUCAGAACGAUUGUCUAGAUGCCGCCCGCUGUGCUCCCGAGUCCGAUCCAGUGAGCACUGCUGGUCCCACACAUGCUAGAAACAUCUUCGGCAGGGAAGACACAGGGAGUGGACGGCGAUCACCGGAGCAGGAAGUCUGCGGAGGAUUGCAACCACUAGCAUGUAUGAGGUCGUCGUACAAUAACGGACGUCUGUCGUGUUGUUGGUCGGCUGUCACGGCAGCAGGCAUACUAUCGAACGCAUCACGUGCUUCCGAAGCUGUUGCCCGGGGACCAGGGGCCAGGUUCGCAUUCGCAGACUGCAAGAAGCAGGACAAUAGUCCUGGGAACCAUGACAGUCGCUCGGAUGGAACGGGAGUUGGCACAGGGUCAACAGGGGUUGGGGGAGCGAACACGCAGGCUUCAGGAGAAUCUAUAGAGGCGAAUUCCACUGGCAAGCAGAAUGACCCCGAUUUGUCCAAACUCACCUGCUGCAGUCGCUUACUGCCAUUCCAGCCAACUGACAUUCUCUUGAGAGCAAGCUGCCGAAGGCGUAGCCGGCUCAGGCGACGACGAAAAGCCAUACCACCUCCACAUCAACUGGGACAAUCGCAUGACGGGAUGGACAUAUGCAUGGAUGUGGGGGCGGGGGACAAAGAGGCAAUGCAAGGCUCCACAGAGAUGGAGAUUGGGUGCACAGAGACACAUCAUAAUAAGCACGAUGGGAACUCUUGUAGUAGGGAAGGGUUUGCUCAUGAGCGGGAGGCAGAAGGGGGGCAGUGUCAGCCGGCACUGGGUCAUGAAGAGAUCCCUAUAUCGUCUUCUGCUCAUGAACAAGACCACAUUCUCGGCGACGAGAAGUUUUCCCACCGUCGUGGCUAUUGUCCCGAACAAGACCAGCCAGACGGUUGUCCGAAGCUCCCUCCAAGCGCAGCAGAGGAGCAAGCAAUUCUGCAAGGACAGGGUCAGGACGUCGGAAAGAGUGUCGUAGUUUGCGUGGCUGCUGUGAGAGAGGACGAAGUACUAGAUUGUAGUAGUGGUCAUCCCCUAGGACUUGCAACUGUCAAGCGCAAAAGGACAACCUGUCUAAGAGAGAAUGAGGUGGGGAAUGAGGUGGGACUGAAACAGAGGGAGAGGGAGAGGCAGACCGAUACGCAUGAGACCUCAGAGCCCAGCUCGAGGGAGAGACAAACCGGCAUGCAUGUGAGCACUGACCACAGCUCUGAUAGUAUGGAAGGCCGUGCAGGGAACAGGUUCCCGCAACAGCCAGCUUGUGCAGUAAGGAAAGGCCCAAAGAACUUAGUCCCAGGUGGUAAUAUUCCAAUGUGUGGAAGAGUGUUACAAGUCCUCGCACCAAAAGCUCUUCUCACCGAACCAGCCCCAAAAGACAGCCAAUUUGUGAUGGAUGUGGAUUUGUCCUCUCCACCGGAUCAAGGCGAGUCCAACCCUAUGCCAUAUCAUGACCGCGGAGGUCCCGAUGCAAACGGAAAGAUGGGAAGCUUAACGGCGACAGAAUCAGGUGUGUUCGAAAACAAUGAACUGGUAGAUCAUGGAAGAGUGGGUCAUCAUCACUGUGGUCAUUGCGGCGUCUUCUCCUUCCAAAAGGCUAGGGUGCGGCAGUUGAACUGUACGCUGGAAAUUCAAGCUGAAGGUCAAUUUGAAGAUCGUAGUAGAUUGUGGAGGAGGACCGGCAUGGGGGAGAGGUGCGAUACCCCAAAGGCCAAUGAUAUUAUGGCUACUCCCAGAAGGAACUGGCAGUGGGCGAGAAGAGAGGAUGUUUUCCAACGUGAAAACAACCAGAUGCAAGAAGCACAGCCCCAGUUGACAGAUGUCCACGGUGACGUUAUUGCCACUCCAUGUCAAAAGAUGCAGGGAAAAUUUUCAUCCAUCAAGCUCAAGGGUAAUGGAGACACAGUCCUUAGGAGGCAAACCUUGGCUGAAAAGGUUUGGGCACGUCGCAAGCAGAAGCCAAGCGAGGAAGAGCAACAGGAGGCGGACACGGAUGCAGCACAGAAACAGUCAGAAGAGAAGCCGAAUGGUAUAAAUAAGCGAAUUGUAGAACACCAGGAGGAGGAGGCAGAGGAGGAGGAAGAGGAGGAAAAGGAGGAGGGGGAGCAGGAGGAGGAGGAGCAGGAGGAGGAGGAGAAGGAGGAGGAGGAGGAGGAGGAGGAGGAGGAGGAGGAAGAGGAGGAGGAAGAGGUGAGAAUGGGGAAGCUGAGGCAGCUUGGGACCGAGCAAGGUUGGAAUUCAACAGACCAGUAUGACACCAACAAUUACAGAGGCGUCGGAGCCAUAAUGAAUUGUGGCUCCAACAUGGGGAAUGGUGUUAUUGUGAGAACUGUCUGUGACAGGUGUUGUGAGCGUUUGAGCACUUUGGGAGGGCCAUUCAGCAGUAAGGGGGAGGAUGUAUCAUCGAUGGGGGAGCUGCAGUACAGUGCAGCCCCUGCCAGGUGGCCUGUGAGAACUUGUCCUGCAGCACCGGGGGGGUUCAAGCUGAGAAGAGAGGAGUUCCGAGUUGCGGAAGACAGAAUCUGGAUGACGCACAGAAGCAAUGAGCAUGCUAAGAAGGAGCAUAGAGGGAGGGAAGAAAAAAGCGAGGGCGAGGGGAUAGAAGCAAAGCAAACAGGACAGGGACGAAAGAAGGAAGCUUAUGGGAAAAAAGGACAAAAUGGCAAGAAUUGGAAAGUCGGCAACAAGGGCAAAGAAGUGCAGUUUGUGAGGAUGGUUACCAGGAGGGAAGGAGAAUUCGUCCCUGACAGCAUGGAGGCAGUACAGGAGGAAAAAAAGCAGCAGAAGCAGGAGGAUCCAGAAGAGGAGGAGCACGGCGAGGAGCAGGAGGAGCAGGAGGAGCAGGAGCAAGAGGAACAGGAGGAGCAGGAGGAGCAGGAGGAGCAGGAGGCGCAGGAGGAGGAGGAGGAGGAGGAGGAGGAAGAGGAGGGAAGUAGUUGUGACAAAAUGAUCGUCACGGAUUCUUUCAUGGGAAAUCUGAACAGAUUGAAGGUUGGGAUUCUCAGAGAGGAAGAAAUGAGAAGGCAUGAAGUCCACAAAGCAGGUAGAGAUCUGUGGUGCAGAGGCAGAGUACGGACUGCUUUGGUUCUCGGCCACAGCAAUGGAGCCAGCUGCCUGGAAUUUCAGGAAGCGAAAAGAGUGGGGCGCAAGGGACGUGGUGGAAACGCUGGAAAGUACUCUGCACAGCAUGCCCAGCACCACCGCCAGCAGCAGCUGCAUCAUCAUCGGCAUGAAGCAAGAAACCACGGCAUGACAUUGUGUACACAUCGACUACCCGGUCUUAUGAACUGCAAUGACACCAAUCACAACACCACCAAUAGCAGCAACAACGGAAGGCAGGGGUUGCAGUACAGCAAGAGGCAUCGAGAAAGCAAUCAAGCAAAGUGUGAGAGUUGUUGUCGGGGAAGCAGGGCAUGUGCUGAGCAAAGCCAUACGAAAGUUGAACUGGAGGUAAUAGAGGCACAGAUGGAAGUCCCAGGACGAGAAGAAAUUGUCGUGAACGAAGCAACAGGCAGUGAGAUUGGGGAGGAGGAGGAGGAGAAGGAGGAGGAGGAUGGAGUGACACAACAGACAAUUGUAAAGGUAGCACCGCCGAGGCAUUGGGACAUUCAGUUGCGGAAUUGCGAAGAGGAAAUGUACGAGCAGUCAUCAUGUACAAGAACAGGGAGUGAAGUGGUUGCUAUCGAUUGUAUGGCUUCCUUACUUUGUGAUUUGCCCAAUCAAGGGGCUAGAUGUAGUAUGGGAGGCAGCUUCACGUCAGCGGCAGCAGGAAGAGGAGGUGAAAGGGGGACGGGAGGAAGGCGAGGAGUACGGGGAGGAUUAAGGGGAGGACUAAAAGGAGUAAGGGGAGGAGUUAGGGGAGGAACAAGGAGGGCAGGUGGAGGAGGAGGUGUUUCAGACCCACCGGACUUUCUUGACGUUGUGCAUUGUUCAGACAAGUACCGACCCACCAUGCGCACUCGACGAUCAUCGUCCGCUUGCGCAUGUAGCAAUGGCAUGGAGCUGGAUAACCAUCAUCAGAACAAUGGGAGUAAUUGCGAUUUCAAUCGCCAGCAUCACCACCAUCAUCUGUGUCAUCGCCAGGAGGCUGUGCCAUAUGCCAAAAGAAAGACCAGGAAAACAGCGUCUGCGGAACGAAUCCGGAAGGAGAAGAAGCGGAUGGCCAUGCGUCGAAGAAACGUUCCAAUCUCGUGCCAUUUCUGCGGCGCAACUUACAGUGGGAAGAAUGGGGGAUACUGGCGUCACAUUCGACUCUGUGCAAAGAAGGUUGGUGGAGCCGAGGAUGCUCAAGCACGCAGCGCCAUGGUCCCCAUGCAAACACGAGCGAGAGAGAGAGAACAGCAACAUGGAAGGAAUGGAUUCCUCCUGGGAGGAGGAGUAGGUGGUGGGAGGGGAAGAGGGAGAGGAAGAGGAAGAGGAAGAUCAGCAGCAGGGUUAGUGACAUGCGUUGAACGACUCGAAACCAAUAGCGUAUCGACUUCGGGAAGGAGAGAGUUCACUAAGGACUGUCUUGACGAUGUCCGGAAGUUGACCCUUACUGCACUUUUUCAUGCAGUUGAAGUCGAUGUCAGUGAAAGAGAAGUGGAUGCCAUGCAGUCACUACUGGAUGAGGAUGAGGAUGAGGAUGAUGACUACGACGAUGGAAAUGGUGCUGACAACGACAUCAUCAGUGACAUCGACGAUGAUGAUGAUGGUGUGGAUUCAGCACCGUUUCUCUGCGGACGGGAUGCACUGCAGAAGAGCACCGAUUCUGUGCAAAGUUGUAAACCGAAUUGGCUGCAGAAGAGCAUUGAAGGGAUCUAGGGCAGAUUCUGGCGUCAGAUUGACGUUCAGGGGAGAGCCAGAGCAGCUGGGGGCAUUCUAUCAACAAUGCCAAGGCGGCAGCUGGUGGCAGCGUAGGGCAGUCCGCUGGCUGCUUGUCUACGUACCACCGACGAACAAAGUCUUGUGACGGAC